CAUCGAUGGAAUUCAACUCAUCCAACUUAUCAACUUAUCAACUUGACUUUUAAUGUAAUGAAGUAAUGUUUUACUUAUUACUGUUUACCUACUUCCUUGGUGCUUUCACCUUUCUACCUGCUCUUCUCAUCAUCGUCUGCUCAUUCAUCUACUUCACCUCACCUUAUGCGAAUCUCGAAGGCCCGACUAAAGCCAUCUCAAUCAGUCGUGAGGAAACUCAAGAAUCUGAAAAGCUAAACACCAAGGAAUCAGUCGAACAAGGUCUUCCUAAACUCUAUAGGGCAGGAUGGCUUACCGUCCGACAAACGUACGAUCCUGUGCAAGCCGGUGAUGGUACUUAUAUGGGUAUGUUAACAAACAGCUAUCGUAGCUUUAUGGAUCAGCGUUCGAAGGAUCCUAAACGGUCUCGUCCUAAGGAUCAGUUCUAUACUGUCUUGAAGCAAAACGUACUUUUCCUUUACGAAGAUGAGGAUCAACUUGAUUGUGCGGCUGCGAUCGAAGUGACACUCUACAACACUUUACUUUACCCUGACGCUGGUCCGGAUGGCGAACUCUAUGUGAAACGAAGGGCAAUAUGUCUUAGACCUCAAUCUCAAUCUCUUUCAAAUGAAUCUACGACCAAAGACACCAAAUGUCCCGAGAGCCCUACCGAGACUGAAGUCCUUCACGAGCGUCAGAUUGCUGGACGUCCUUUACCUUGGUUCAUCUUCACAAAGGAUAAUUAUGAAAAAGAAGAUUGGUAUCAUAUGCUUGUUGCCUCCUCAAAACUCUCAAAACCCAAUGCAAAAUCAACAUUUGCCAAAGAUACAUCUUUAUUUGAUCCUGAAGACAUGGCCAAAUUAGUCGACAGUAUCGAUCAACAGCCAGACCCAAUUCCCAUGCGAUGGCUCAAUGCUAUGAUCGGUCGAAUCUUUCUCUCGGCCUAUCGAACAUCGGCACUCGAGACUUGGAUUAUUGAUCGAAUCAUGAACAAACUCACACGGGUCAAAACUCCUAGUUUCUUGUCCGCAAUCAAAGUACGAGAAGUCAACGUUGGUUCAUCAACUCCUUUCUUCAGCAAACCUAUGCUGAAAGAGCUGACGGGUGAUGGAGACGCUAGUAUGGAGGUACACGUGAAUUACCAGGGCGAGUUCAGGAUCACCGUCGAGACUGUAGCCACCAUCAAUCUGAGCGCCCGCUUCAAGCCGUAUGUGGUCAAUCUAGUCCUUGCUGUUGUUCUUAAGGAGCUUGAAGGUAACUUACUACUCAAGAUCAAGAAGCCGCCAACCAACAGACUCUGGUUUGGAUUCACAACUAUGCCCCGCUUAGUCCUUCAACUUGAUCCUGUUGUGUCAACUCGCCAAAUCAAAUGGGCCUUGAUCUUGAAACCCAUUGAAUCAAGAAUCCGUGAAGUGGUCUUGGAAUCUAUUGUUCUACCUCAUCUAGACGACUUGGCUUUCUUUGAUACCCGACCUUAUGACCACCGUGGAGGUAUUUGGGGGGAUACUGCUCGCAAGAACGAAACAACUUCUCCUGCCGACUCUCCCUUUGGUGAAAAAGCCAACGAGGAUAGUACAGAGAAGAUUUCCUCGCCCAUGUCAUCCCACGAGGGCAAUUCAACUGUCGAUCCCGAACAUAAUCAUUCCGUAAAUGCAUCCAGUACGAGUCGCGAGCCGGCAUCAAAUCUCGAAAGUUUAAGGCAGCGGACAGCUCACAAAGAUCCUCAAGAUGUGGAAGAACCAAGUGCCAACAAAGCGCCAACCUCAGUCACCGAGUCUAACCCCUUGCCUGUUCUAUCCACCAACCAAGAAGGCAAGCGGAACAGCUGGUUUUUGAACAGCCGUAGACAAGAAAGCACCUUUCCUCCCUCUCAAAAUUCCCCAAGAGCAAAUGCCAAACCUGAUUCAGCCAACGUGUCCGCGGAGUUUGACGGCGAGGCCCUGGCAAAGUUGAAAGAAGUUCUCAGGUCACGUUCAGAGUCGAGUCGAGUAGUCACCCCUUCCCUCAACUUCUCCAGUUUCUCCAACGAUUUGAGUCUACCAACUAUUGCCUCGCCUGAUGCUGAAUCCCUGGAUCCUCUGGCCAGUGGUUCCGACGAGACGUCGCCCAAGCUCACACUACAACCUGCUUUUAACCAUCUUUCUUCCUCACCUACAUCUAACCUGAUAAAACCAGACACUCCACACGAGAUCACCGAAAAUAUCGAUGUUGCCAAUGAAACAUCCAAGACUCCGCGCCGGAUGCCACCACCGCCUUCUCACCGCCCUCUAGCAUCACCAACAAACCUACCCCCUCCGCAGCGUCAACUCGGUACUGGCCUUGCAAAACAACCAUCUGAAAUCUCUUUAGGCUCCACGUUGCCUGGUUCAAAUCCUACAUCUAUUCUUAAUCAACUCCGAACUCGUGCGGCUGAUAAAGAAGCGAUUGCAGCUAGCAUGUCACAGGCCAAAAAUGUGGUACGAAAAUGGGGGGCAUCAUGGACCGCAAAGCGUAAACAAUCGCAGUCGACGCCCUACACGAACGGGUUCAACCCAAUUCCAAUCGAUACACUCCCGGAGGCAAUCGCAUCUAGGAGUUCUAUUCACGGCUCAUCGGCAGAAGCAGCUGAUGAGGAACUUCACCGUUCAAAUUCCACGAAGGUGAACGACACUCUAUUAGUCGACACCCUUGCCGAUGGCGGCGAAGAUGGCGAGGUUCGCUCGCACCAAGGACAAGGAGCAAGAAACGAGAUGAUGUCCCUCAAUGAACAUCGCCCUUCAUCAAUCAUCGCCACCGGUUCAUCAAGCACCAGCCCCGAGCUCAAGGCCCCCGAGCUACGCCACAAGACUAGUACCUCACGAUUAAGUCUUGCCCCCAGUGAAGAGAACUCGGCUAAACGCAAUCGUACAAUUUAUACAGCCAACGGGCAGUUCAUUCCAGCUGCUCCACAGUCUACCACGGGGCUCAGUAUCUCAUCAGCUCAGCUGGUCAUCAAGUCUGAUAACAUCGAACCGCUCACUGCUGGGCCAGCCUCCGGAUCCGUCAUGUCACAGCCAUCGACUAGUCCAGCGAUCUCUACCGAGCGGUCGAGCUACAGACCUGCACCGAUGAUGGCAAUCCCGGGCAUCAAAGACUCGAGUCAUCGCUUUGCUCUUGGCUCGGACUCGGUUGCCCAGCAACUGCCUCAGCCAGAACCCAAACACUUUGAUCCGUCAACCCAAUCAGGUCUUUCGAAUGACCGAUCUGACACGUUGGGCCUGGAAGGGAUGAGCCAGCCAGUCAGUGAGGUAGCACCAGAAAAUUCAACUGGCUCGCCUAAAUUGGUGGGAUCUUCUGACCACAAGUCCGACGUCAGCCCCGAGACUUCAGACGCGCAGAUCGACCAACAAAAGGUCAUGUUGACUGAAAGCUCAAAUUCUAUCCCUGAUCAAGUUGAUCGAGACUUGAUAGAUCUCGGUGGGAGAAGUGUAGAGGAAGCAUGGGGCUUGUGACCGGGUAGAACAUUGGCGUGGCGGUGAGAAAAGCAGAUGUUCGUCAUUCAUUACCUUGACUGUAAAACCAGAGCCGAAUGGGUUUGAUAAAGGCAUUGUGAGUUUCAUUCCAUCUUAAUCCGAAAGCAAGACUUAGCCGAAGCACAAAUCAUUGAGUUUUCCCAAAAAAAUGUAGUGUACAUACCUGUUUUGAUCAUAGUGUAGAACAAGAUAUCAAUCCCACGCCCUUUAUUUAAUUACAUGUGCACUAUUUGCAAGUUUGAUCUUUUUGCAUGGCCAUAUGGCUUUG